AUGCGGCAGAAUUGUUGCACGCUCUCAACGCUCAGCCUUUUGGACCUGCUCAUUCCUGGCACGCACAAUUCUGGCAUGUACCACCAGGGAUACACACAUCCGCACGAGGAGUACCUGUAUAACCAGGACCAAACCGUCGAACAGCAGCUGGCAUUCGGCAUUCGCAGCCUUGAUUUGAGAGUGCAGUAUACUGGCGGUGUGUUUUACGUAACCCACGACAGAACAAGAGGGUGGCCCACCAUCAAAAGGGUUCUCCGAGAAGUUCGCCAAUUCGUGGAAGUGACUGGAGAACUUGUGCUUCUAGAUUUCCACAGGUUCACGAAGGGUUUUGACGAAGGAUACGAUAACGUCACUGCGCGGCAUAUAGAGCUUGUGAAGUUGAUCGUCACUGAGCUGAAAGGUGUUGUUCUCGAAAAGCAGGCCUAUUUGACGAGUUUGAACGCAAUAUUUGACCAAUGCGAAAACAAGACCAAACCGAGAGGUCACGUUAUAGUGUUUUACAAUUACGAAGGCUACACGGGAGAGUAUAAAGAAUUCUUAUCGCCCGCAGUCCUUCACAAAUGGCCCAACGCACAAAGCAAAGGCGCCCUCAUGCGAUAUCUGGAAGAGCACGCAUGCGUGUAUUACAGUAGCAGCAAUCUGGUUUCGAUAAUGGCAGAGCUCACGCCUUCCUUCCCGUCUCUUGUUAUAGGAAACCGUCGUGCGGCGGAGUGGGUGAACCACGAAGUUACCGAGUUUUUUAGGCUAAAAGGGCAGGACUGCUCGGGCAUCGUUGCCACGGAUUACUUCUUAGGCAACGGAAUGAUUGAGGAAACCAUUGAGGCUAACCUAGAAAAGGGGCGUGCGGGGUUAUUUUUAUAUCGUUAUAGACACCAUGAGCACUGCCAAUCAAAUUGAUACUACCGCUAAAAGUUUGCUCUAGCGAAGUUCGAAGCCGUUC